CCGCCGCGUCGCUGCUAUCGCCACCGAGCCGGUGCUCGUGCGGCGGGCAUGGCACCGAGGUGCCGGCCUUGGGGGGCCGUGCUGCUGCUCGCGGCGGCGCUGCCCGCGGCGUGCGGGAACUGCGGAGAGGAGGGCGGCCCGCUGGAGCCCUUCGACGCGCUGUACGCCAGCGGCGUGGAAGCGUACUACGGCGGCGACUUCGCGGGCGCGGCGCGGUGCCUGGAACGAGCGCUGCGCAGCCGGCGGGAGCUGCGGGCGGAGCGGCUGCGGUGCCGGCGGCGCUGCCGGGGGCAGGUGCGGCUGGCGGCGCUGGGAGCGGGGUCCGCCGGGGAGCUGCCCUUCUUCGGGGCGCUGCUGCGGCGCGCCGACUGCCUGCGGAGCUGCGAGGAACCGCGCCUGGGAGCCGCUUCCCGGCACCGCGCCGCCGAGGAGGUGCGCGCUGACUUCCAGCGCAGGGUGCCCUACAGCUACCUGCAGCGCGCCUACAUCCAGCUGAACAAACUGGAGGAGGCAGCAAACGCAGCUCACACCUUCUUCAUGGCAAACCCUGAGCACAUGGAGAUACAGCAGGACAUUGAGAACUACAAAACAACAGCGGGGAAAGUUAGCUUGAUCGACCGGGAGGCCAAGCCGCACAUGGAGGAUUACAGUGCUGGGGUCAGGCACUACGACAAGGAGGAGUACGGGUUGGCCAUUGCCUACUUGGAGCGUGCACUGGAAGGGUACUAUGCUGAGGAUGAGGAUUGCCAGAUCAUGUGCGAGGGACCACAGAGGUUUGAGGAACAUGAAUACCUGGAGUAUAAGGCUGGCCUCUACGAAGCUAUUGCAGAUCACUACAUGCAAGUCCUGGCCUGCAAACAUGACUGUGUCCGAGAACUCGCCACGCGCUCGGGCCGCAUCUCACCCAUCGAAAACUUCCUUCCCCUCCACUACGACUACCUCCAGUUUGCCUAUUACAGAGUUGGUGACUAUGUGAAAGCCCUGGAGUGUGCCAGGACCUACCUCCUCUUCCACCCAGAUGAUGAAGAUGUCUUGGAGAACGCAGCUUAUUAUGAGGGCCUCUUGGAAGGCACCCUGGAUCCAGCCACUAUCAGGCCCAGAAAGGAAGCAAAAGCAUUACUGCGUCGGCACAAGCUGGAGUCCCACCUCCUGCGGGUGGCUGCAGUUGGUCUGGGGUUCACCUACACGGAGCCGAACUACUGGAAGAGGUACGGUGCCCGCCAAGAUGAGCACAGUGUCCCGUCAGGUAUUAGCAGUGAGCCAGAGGAUGGGCCCCGGCUGUCCCUAACAAAGAAACCUGCACCAAAACCAGAUCGAGAGCUGAAGGAGGGGGGUCCGCUUCUCUACAGCGAUGUGAAGUUUGUCUACAACUCACAGCAGCUGAAUGGCACCCAACGAGUGCUACUGGACAACGUCAUCUCAGAGGAGCAGUGCCGGGAGCUUCACAGAGUGGCCAGUCAGGGGAUCAUGUUGGCUGGAGAUGGCUAUAGGGGCAAAACCUCUCCCCAUACCCCAAAUGAGAGAUUUGAAGGUGCCACUGUCCUCAAAGCCCUCAAGUAUGGUUAUGAGGGCCGUGUCCCACUGAAGAGCGCCCGGCUCUUCUACGACAUCAGUGAGAAGGCCCGCAGGAUCGUCGAGUCCUACUUCAUGCUCAACUCCACGCUCUACUUCUCCUACACGCACCUGGUGUGCCGCACCGCUCUCUCUGGCCAGCAGGAGAGGAGGAACGACCUGAGCCACCCCAUCCAUGCUGACAACUGCCUCCUGGACCCUGAGGCCAAUGAGUGCUGGAAGGAGCCUCCUGCCUACACCUUUCGGGACUACAGUGCCCUCCUCUACAUGAAUGCAGAUUUUGAAGGCGGUGAAUUCAUUUUCACUGAGAUGGACGCCAAAACAGUGACGGCAUCCAUCAAGCCCAAGUGUGGACGAAUGGUCAGCUUCUCGUCGGGUGGUGAGAAUCCACACGGGGUGAAGGCAGUUACCAAAGGCCAACGUUGUGCUGUGGCUUUGUGGUUUACCUUGGACCCACUUUACAGAGAGCUGGAGCGAAUCCAGGCAGACGAGGUGAUCGCCAUGUUGGACCAGGAGCACCUAGGACCCAGUGAAAUGAACAUCAACCCAAAGGAUGAGCUAUGAACUAGGCCAAAGACUUUUUCUAUUAAAUAUUUAUUUAAUAUUGUUAAUCUUAUUAGAACCUUUUUCUAUUUUUGUACAGAGAUGCUGUAUAAAUUAACAGGUUAAUAUGAUUGUG